AUGCUGCCAACUGCCGUUCUGCUGGUCUUGGUAGUGUCCGUGGUUGCCAAGGAUAACGCCACGUGUGAUGGCCCCUGUGGGUUGCGGUUCAGGCAGAACCCACAAGGGGGGUUCCGAGUCGUCGGAGGGCAGGCUGCCCAGCAGGGGGCCUGGCCCUGGAUGGUCAGCCUCCAGAUCUUCACGCCCCGCAACAAUCGCAGAUACCACGCGUGCGGAGGCGUCCUGCUGAAUGCCCACUGGGUGCUCACUGCCGCCCACUGCUUCAACACGAAACAAAAAGUCUAUGAGUGGAGGAUGGUUUUUGGAGCACAGGAAAUCGAGUACGGGACCGACAAGCCAGUGAAGCCACCUCUGCAGGAGAGAUACGUGGAGAAAGUCGUCACUCACGACCGCUACAACUAUAUGACAGAGGGCAAUGACAUUGCUCUCCUGAAGAUCACUCCUCCUGUUCCCUGUGGGCCCUUCAUUGGACCUGGCUGUCUGCCUAAUUCAAAGGCAGGCCCACCUAAAGCUGCCCAGACAUGCUACGUGGCUGGCUGGGGGUACAUCAAAGAGAAUGCCCCCAGGCCAUCACCUACACUGAUGGAGGCGCGUGUGGACCUCAUCAACCUCGAAUUGUGUAAUUCGACUCAGUGGUACAAUGGGCGCAUUACUGCAAGCAAUCUGUGUGCAGGGUAUCCUUCAGGCAAGAUUGACACCUGCCAGGGGGACAGCGGCGGGCCUCUCAUGUGCAGAGAAAACCAAGAAGAGCCCUUUGUGGUCCAGGGCAUCACAAGCUGGGGGGUAGGCUGUGCCCGUGCUAAGCGCCCUGGAAUCUACACAGCUACCUGGCCCUUCCUGGACUGGAUUGCUUCUAAAAUUGGUUCUAAUGCCUUGCGCAUGAUUCAACCAGCUACCCCUCCCCCUCCCACUACCCGAUCCCCUCCGCCCACCCGACUCCCCGGCAUGCACCAGCCGCCCUCUGCGCAUCCUCCUUGGUAUGUCCAACAUGAUUCUCGACCACCUCACCCUCACCCUCGACCCCCGCAACCACCUGCAGCCCAAGCCCCGCCUCCGCCCCCGCCCCCGCCGCCGCCCCCGCCCCCGCCUCACACCAAGCCUCCCCUAGCACUUUCUUUUGCCAAGCGCCUGCAGCAGCUCGUAGAGGUGUUGAAGGGGGGCAGCACCUUUUCUGGUGCAAAGAGCUUUUAUGACGCCGCGGCAGCGGCAGCGGAGGCCACAGAGAUCCCAGAAGUGGCCCUGGCUUCCUGA